AUGAGGUUAAAAGUUGGAUUCAUCCUUCGGAGUUUACUGGUCAUCGGCACGUUUUUGGGGCUGGUUUUGCUUUGGUCUUCCCUGACACCGAAGGCAAACGACGAUAACCCGUUUGCUGGUGUGCUGGCAGGAAGAGAUGCAGGGAAACUCUUGCAGCCCGAGCCUCAAAAUAAUGACAUGGCUGACCAGUUCAAGCCGGUCGUUCCUUGGCCCCACGUCGAAGGAGUCGAGGUCGAUCUGGAUUCUAUCCGCCAGAAAAAUGGUGACAAGCCGAACCCUGCAUUCAAAGCCCAGAACCAGGAGAAUGUCAUCCAGAAGCAAUAUGUCACCUUUAAGCCUCACACCAAUGCGUUUAAUGAACCUGUGUUGAAGAAAGGAGUUCUGGGAAACUUUGAGCCUAAAGAACCUGAGCCUCAGGGGGUCCAGGGCGGACCGGGAGAGGGCAGCAAAGAGUUCGUACUGGGACCAGAGUACAAAGAUUCUGUUCAGGCCAGCAUCAAGGAGUUCGGCUUUAAUAUGGUAGCUAGCGACAUGAUCUCUCUGGAUCGAACCAUUGAUGACUUACGACAUGAAGAGUGUAAAUACUGGCACUAUGAUGAAAACCUCCUCACCUCCAGCGUGGUCAUUGUCUUUCACAAUGAGGGCUGGUCCACACUGAUGAGGACGGUGCACAGUGUCAUCAAAAGAACCCCGAGGAGAUACCUGGCUGAGAUCGUCAUGAUUGAUGACUUCAGUAACAAAGUUCAUCUUAAAGAGAGGCUGGAGGACUACAUAAAACAGUGGAAUGGGUUGGUCAAACUGUUCCGCAAUGAAAAGAGAGAGGGUCUGAUCCAGGCCAGGAGCAUAGGAGCCCAUAAAGCCACUCUGGGACAGGUGCUGAUCUACCUGGAUGCUCAUUGUGAAGUUGGGGUGAACUGGUACGCCCCGCUCGUGGCCCCCAUUUCAAAAGACCGAACGGUGUGCACAGUGCCUCUCAUAGACUCUAUUAACGGCAAGACUUUCAUCAUCGAGCCCCAGGGGGGUGGCGACGAGGAUGGCUAUGCCAGAGGAGCAUGGGACUGGAGCAUGCUUUGGAAACGCGUGCCUCUGAAUAGCAAGGAGAAGCAGAAGAGACUAACUAGAACUGAGCCCUAUCGGUCUCCUGCGAUGGCUGGAGGACUCUUCGCAAUAGAGAGAGAUUUCUUCUUCGAGCUGGGCCUCUAUGAUCCAGGCCUUCAGAUCUGGGGAGGAGAAAACUUUGAGAUCUCCUACAAGCUAUGGCAGUGUGGUGGGCAGCUUCUGUUCGUGCCAUGUUCUCGGGUGGGACACAUCUACCGUCUGCAGGGCUGGCAGGGAAACCCACCUCCUGCUCAUGUAGGCUCGUCCCCCACGCUUAAGAACUAUGUGCGGGUGGUGGAGGUGUGGUGGGAUGAGUAUAGAGACUAUUUCUACGCCAGCCGGCCUGAGACUCUGACGCUGGCCUACGGAGACAUCAGCAGCUUGAAAAAGUUCAGAGAGGAACAUCGCUGCAAGAGCUUCAAGUGGUUCAUGGAAGAGAUCGCCUAUGACAUCCCUCUACAUUACCCGCUGCCUCCAAAGAAUGUGGAGUGGGGAGAGAUUCGUGGGUUUGAGACCAGCUACUGCAUCGACAGCAUGGGCCACACCAAUGGUGGCAAUGUCGAAAUCGGGCCUUGUCAUAGAAUGGGUGGGAAUCAGCUCUUUAGAAUUAAUGAGGCAAACCAGCUCAUGCAGUACGACCAGUGCCUGACAAAGGGAGGAGACGGAUCUGCUGUCAUCAUAACACACUGCAACUUAAACGAGCACACAGAGUGGAGAUACUUUAAGGAUCUACAUCGAUUCACACAUAUACCCACAGGGAAAUGCUUGGAUCGCUCUGAUGUCUUGCACAAAGUUUAUAUAACUGACUGUGACAACAGUAAGAGCUCACAGAAGUGGGAGAUGAACAACAUUGUGGCAGUUUGAGAGUCAUGCUCAAAUGUGCUUUAAGGAUAAACACUUGACUACAGCAACAGGUUUUACCAGUAUACAUGUGACUAAGUUUAGUCAUCACCCGAACAACUCUGAACUCUGAUCAUACACCCCAACUCCAUUGAAGACAAUGUUUACAUCGACUUAUCCCCAGUGUCCAUCGCAUGGGUUUUUCUUUGAAAUCCGAGGAUCGAAGGGAUCUACCCAACAGAAUGAUUUUCACAGAAUGUGCAGUGUGUGCUGCGAUAAAUGCCACUUUUGUUGCUGUUCCAUUAUAAAAUACAGGUUGUCCGCCAAAUACUGGGAUGCAUAUAUUUUUUUAACACUGGACCUGUUUGAGAUGACAACCUGCCACUUGAACUAUUUUCGUCUUUGGCACAAUGGCACGUUUUAUUUUUUGCAUAUACUCUGGGUAAAGAAUGGUAGUGGAGAGAAAAGGGAAAUGGGGUCAACUAUGAAGAAAAUAUAAAUGUAUUUUUGUCUACGGCAUAAAUGUUUGCUUGGUUGGGGAAUUAUUUUACUUGUAUGUGAAAAUCAACAAUUGAUCAUAAUACUAUAAUGGGCAAAAAUCAUCUUGAGCAAGUGGCGCAAAUUUGUGUUUCAAGGGCAAGAAUGAUUGCAAUGUGUACAUUUUUGUUUGUACAAUGUAAAUAUGAUUAUUUCUAAAUUAACGUUUUGAGAUAUGGUGGGAUUCCCAAUGAAGGUGUAAAUAGCUAACUUAUAAUGGCUGUUUUCUCAAGAAAAUAAAUGGAACAUUUUUACCAGUCUGCUGUAUUAAAGUGCUGUUUUUAGCAGGUUAAAUUAUUUCAACUAUUUAGAGGAUUAAGUUAGAACUUUCCACAAAUAGGUUACCCCUCAGUAUCCCGUUUAUUUAUUUAUUGGAGGAAUAUAUCACAUCUUUCUGUACCAAAAUUAGGUUAGAUAAAAUAUAUAAUACUUAAUUGUUUAAUGCAGAUGCCAUGCUGUUGUUUCUUGAUUAGUUGUUCUUAAUUUUAUCCAAAAGUUGCAAAGCUAAAAUUUUAAGCUAAACAGGUUAGUUGGUCAACUUUUUGUUCUCUAAUGUCAUGAAAUAAAGAACCACCUCAAUUUAUUGAUGGAAAAAAUAGACUCUAUUCUCGUAAAGUGCCUUCUUAAGCAGAAAUGAUCCCAAGCAUCUGAAGAAUCACAAGACUGUUUGUGUGCUGGUUAGGUUGUUUAAGGCAGAUUAAGCUGAAGUACCAGCUGUGCAGCAGUCUUUUGAAUACAGGUGAGAUGACAUAUGAUAUACAGUACAUCUUAUUGUGACUGCAUAGAACAAUAUACCCAACCUAUAUAUAUAUAUAUAUAUAGGACCACAUAUCACAUGACAAAGCUUAGAGGAAAUCUCAGCCCGAACCGAAAUCACGUAUUCUCAACUCUGGUUACAGAUGAGGUUGCACGUGUAUUUAUGCCACUUAUUUUUCAGAUAAUGUCAUCACAGGAAAGAUAAGUAUUUCCUUCUCGGAGUCAACAACAUGACAAAAAAAUAAAUAAAUAAAAAGUAAAAAAAAAUAAAAUAAACAAGUUUAAGAUGACGUUACACCCCAUCACAAGACACUGAGUGUAACUGAAAAAAAAAAAAAAGCCACAAAACUCUUGAUAUAAAAAAAAAAAGUUAAACUGCUAAAGCAGAACCAUGUAAACUAAAAAGUUAUUUUAAACUAAAUUUCAUAUGGUUUACCUAGCCCAUUAAAAGUUUAAUUUAUGCAUUUAGCAGACACUUUUUAAUCCAUUAAUAAAUAAAUAUUACAAUAAUCUCAGUUACUCAAUCAGCACUAGAUGAAAUUCUGCAAAAUUCUUUAAUAAGUCAAAAUUGCACACAGUCAAAAGGGGAAUUGGUCAUAAUAUACAAAAUUUAAGAAAAAAAAAAAAAAAAAAAAAAAAAAAUCUACACAUCCUUGAAGCUCAUUUUAAAAA